CAUAAUUCGGUUCUUCUAGGUCCGAUAUAUUUAGGUUUUUGUAGCCGGUAAACUACCAUUGGUUUUUGGAUAACUACCAUUGGUUUUUUAAAACAAAAUAUGAACGGAAAGCUCUUUCAAAAGUAUGGUAGUCGAUAUAUCUCGGUACUAAGUCGUGUGUGGUCCGGGGGCAGUUCGCAAGUCGUUAAAAAUUCCGAAGAAACUCUGCGGAAAGCUCUAGAGCUUAAAUUUCCAAAGGCAAAGCACAUCGUAGUUACUGACAUUUCUGGCGGAUGUGGAUCAAUGUACGAGAUUUCCGUAGAAACAACAGAAUUCAAAGGUUUAUCUACUGUGAAACAACACCGAUUAAUCACGGAAACACUGAAGAAUGAAAUAAGAGACAUGCAUGGCCUCAGAAUAUACACGUCGAUAGGAGAGUAGAGAUAUUCAAAGAACAUACCU